GUUUAUGUCGGCCCGAGAUCCCAUCCGAGAGUUGCUGCGUCUUGGAGCAUAUAAAGACGUUAUUAGUUAUCAAAUGGCUUUAACCCGAAUCGGAGAACAUUUCUGAAACCUCUCCUGCAGUGUAUGAAGUACCUGGGAUAGGGGACGAUAUUUCAUUUCCACCUGCAUGCUGUAAUUGGGAGACAUGGCAACCGGAGGGACUCCUUUUGAUGAUGGCGCAGAAGAUCUGCACAACUGGACCGUAACCAAUGGCAGUCUGGAGGAUAGACUCAACAAUCUGGAUUGGGGUGUUCAGCAGAAGAAAGCCAACCGAUCUUCAGAGAAGAACAAGAAGAAGCUGUCAGCUUCGGUGGUGGAGAGCCGGCUGACUAAUGAUAUUUCGCCAGAGUCCACCCCCGGGGCCGGUCGCAGGAGAGCGCGGACUCCUCAUUCCUUUCCACACAUCAAAUACACUACCCAGAUGUCUGUCCCAGACCAGGCCGAGCUGGACAAGCUGCGUCAAAGAAUUAAUUUCACAGACUUGGAUGAGAGGAGCAUCGGCAGCGACUCCCAGGGACGUGCCACUGCGGCCAACAACCAGCGGCAGUUGGCUGGGGAGAACAAAAAGCCCCACAACUUCCUACCUCUGCAUGUGAACACUAACAAAAGCAAGGCGCCGCUCCCUCCCUCCUCAUCUGCACCAGCGACACCCGCGAUCACCAAGGAAACUAAGAAACAGAGCCCAGGACGCAGGGAUUUGUUAACCCCUGUGGCGCCCGCAAAGGGAACUCCGAGGCCCGGGCGUGGCGGCGCUGAAAGAGGACCUUUAGGACACAGGGAAUACGGCAGAAGAGAACAGAGGAUAGACAGCAGCCAGGUGGUGAGUAAGCUGGUACAGAUCCGCGAGUACAUCAGCAAGGCCAGCUCCAUGAGGGACGACCUGGUGGAGAAGAACGAUGUGCCGGCCAACGUGGAGCGUCUCUCCCAUCUCAUUGACCACCUCAAGGAGCAGGAGCGGUCCUAUUUACGCUUCCUGCAGCAAAUGCUGACGCGGGAGGACGACGAGGAUGAUGUGAGGACCCUGGAUUCUGCAGUGGGCUCCGGUUCACUGGCUGAGAGCACUUCUCUCAACGUGGAGGUCCGUUCUUCAGAUGCCUCGACCGCAACGGGCACCAGACCAGAAACGGUGCGAGCCGACCAGAAAGAAGAGCUGCAGAAUCUGCGUAAGCAGCACGAGCUGCUGAAGAAGAUGCUGGAGCAGCAGGAGCAGCUCCGAGCGCUGCAGGGUCGACAGGAAGCACUAAUGGCCAUGCAGGACAGUGCUGAGCAGACCCUUGCUGUGAUUGAAGACACUGUUGUCACAGAAACCACAGGCAGUGUUUCAGGCUUGAGCAUCACCUCCGAACUGAAUGAUGAGUUGAAUGAUUUGAUCCAGCGGUUUCACAACCAGCUGCAUGAUUCUCAGACUAAAGCGGUGCCAGACAACCGCCGCCAGGCAGAGAGCCUUUCCCUCUCUAGAGAAGUGAGCUGGUCUAGGGCUCCCCAUGCUGUUGGUCCACCUCAACACAGGCCUCUCCUCCACUCUGCAUCCGGGCCCCACACGGGUCUAGACACGGGGGCCACAGCUGCCAAUGUCAAACUCACAAAGCUUCAGGAGCUCCAAGACAAGAAGCAAACCAUGGACAAGAUCCUGCGGGAGCUGCAUUGCCUCAGAGACCAGACCCUUAACAACAACUCGUGUCGUGGCUUGUCAACACGUUGCAGUGUGAGUACGGGAGAUUCUUCAGAAUGCCCAUCUGCUCUCUGCUCUAAUGGGGCAUCAGCUUCCACUCCCUUUCAUCCUUCACGCACUCAACACCAGAACAGCUCCAAUUCCACGGACAAGCUCAGAAAGCUGAAAGAGGUCCACAAGCGUUUGAAUGAGCUACGGGAAUUGGUUCAGUACUACGAGCAAACCUCUGAUAUGAUGGUGGAUGCGGUCAAUGAGAAUGUCAAAGAGGAGGAUGACGAGGAAGAGGAUGAGGAAGAUGAGACCGAGGACGGUUCGAUGUUUGAGGCCAUGUUUGACUCAGAGCAGGAGAACCGCCAGCCUGUAACCAACAUCAGAAACCCACAUUGCAGUGGUAACUGGACCGAUUUGAACAGCCUAACCAACAGGCACAGUGUGAGGAGCAGUGCCACCAACAACCGCGAUGGGAGACUCAACACGCAGUGUGAAAUCAACAACCGGUCUGCAGCCAACGUCCGCAGCCUCAACAUCCCCUCGGCCAUAGAGUGCCAGUACAACAGGGACACGUCCUUUAGUCAGGUGAAGGAUGAAGACGGCCUGGACAACGAGGAAGGGGCACAGGCCGUGACUGCAGACAGUGACGUAUCUGGAUCCAGCCGAAGGAGCAGUCUGGGAAACGACAACGGCGGCUUUGCCCAGAAGGUUCACCGGCAAACAGCGAAGCAGAAACUCCGGCAGCUCCAGGAGCUGGUGGCCAUGGUCCAGAGUGACGACACUGAUGGCACGACAGCCAAUGAGGACGAAGCUCUACACCAACAGCCAAAUAAUACCAGAGCUCCCGUGCUGGGAGCUUUGGGGGCCGACUCCAAACAGAAUCCCAGAGAACUCGCACUCUCCAGCAAAACCAGGGAGAAGUUGUAUGAGGAGAAGCUGCGUCAGCAGAAGCAGGAGCUCAUGCAGCUCCACGAGGAGCGUCAGAGGCUCAUUGACAUCCAAGGAAAGAUUCAGGAUCUGCAGUGGGCUUGCCCUGACCUCCAGUCAUCUGUGUCCAGCACAGUGAGUCAGCAGAGCUUGCUGAGAAAGGUUCCAGUUGCGGUUUCCACUCCGGCUCCUGUCCUGGCUUCCUCAUCCUCUGGACCCCAAAUGAACUCUGCCGGGUUGAACCUCACUGCUCCGGAAGCCGCUUCUCCUUCAGCCGCUGACAACGAGCAGCUGUGGUCGGAGAUGCGUCGCCACCAGAUCUUGCGGGAAGAACUGCGUCAGCGCAGAAAGCACCUCGAGUCCCUGAUGGCUGAACACCAGAGGCGUAGUGGUCUCGGUGACUCUCCGAGGCGGGCUGAUGACCCAGAAGGGCUUGCUACACCCUCAAAGUCCGUCAGUAGGGAUGAAAGGACAAUGGCAACCUGGGGUUCCCCUCCCUGCCACCUUGAUGAUGAAGAUGACGACGAAGAUGACGAUGAUGAUGAUGAUGAUGAUGAAUAUCAAUCUGAGAUGGGUGCAGAGGAGGAAGAGGAGCACGAUGAAUGUGUAGAAAGCAGCUCUGAUGACGACAUCCACAUCUACCCCUCCAACAGGAACCAGUGCUCCUACAGUAACCGGAAGAAUCAAGGAAGGUCUGACAACCUGAAGCCUCCACCAGCCUUUGCAGGUGAAGGCAGCAGGGAUCCACCUCUCCAUAACAAAACUCCGGCCAAGCAGAAGCAGCAACACCAGUCUUUUGGUUUGGACCAGACCGGGACGAGCCAGCACGGAGCGACGCGCCGACAAGAGAACCUGCGCUGGGCCUCCGAGCUGUCCUUCGCCGAGGGCUCCUCUCAGUGGCCGGAACAGUUGAGCCAGCUGCAGAAACAGCUGGACUUCAGCACCGGCAUGUGUCAGACACUCCUGCAGGACCAGCAGACACUCUCCUACAUGUUGCAAACCCUGCUGACCGGUCAGUACAGUGCGUUACCCAACAACCUGUCAUCACCACAGGUCCACCUGGUCAUGCACCAGCUCAACCAGUGUUACACCCAGCUGGCUUGGCAGCAAAACAACGUACAAAGAAUCAAGCAGGUGCUCAAUGACCUCCUUCGCCAGCAGCAGCAGGCUUCCUGUUCAGCGGCUGCUUGGCAGACACAGAAGCACGGCUCGUCCCAGGAAUCCGGAUCCGGCACCUCAGCCUCCCCUGGUGCUUUCCUCCCCUUCUCUUCUACCCUGCAUCCCUCAACCAACAACAUGUCAACUGCUGCCUUACCCCAAUUCCCUCCUGGCUUUAAUUUAUAUCCACUCUUCCCUGCUGCCAUGGGCGAGUUCCCUCCGGGUGCAGCAAGUCAAGCAACCCCCGACCACCCGAAGCAGUUGGACCCCAACACCUCAAUUAAAACCGAGUACAUGAGUUUCCCUCCUCCACUGCAACGCUCUCCACUUAACACCACCUCAGACAGAGGGCCAUCUGACUGGCCUAAAACCUCGUAUACCAACAACUCCGUCCAGCAUGUCCGUUCCAAAACGGAGCCCCAGGAGCCUCCCUCCUCCUCCUCCACUUACGCCAGCCGCCACCCCAGACCUCAAGAAUUUGACAGGGCAUCGCAGGACAGCUACAGCAGCAUGCCCGACCCCGCUGAUCCCGCCACCAUCACAAAGACCUUCAAGGCCGGCCGCAAGGCCUCCGCACAAGCCAACCUGGCCUCGCGCAGCAAGGCGCCCACUUCCAAGAGCCGGCGCCGGAGGAGCAAAGGCCACAACAAGAACAGCGAAGGCCAUGAGAGUGACAGCGUUAGCAGCACUGCAGACUUUGUCCUGAAGAGGGCAGCCGUGUCCCAUCAGAAGGACCAGAACAAGAGUCUGUUGGACAAGCUGACUCGAGAGAAGCUUGACAGCAAAGCGAAGCUUGGAAACAAACGGAACGACAUCUCUUCUGCAUAUGCUUGGAGAACACCCUUCCUCUCUAACAGAAUUGCAUGCACAGAAGCACCAGAUGCGAGCAGCGACUUCUCCCUGUUCGAGGCACUGAGGGAGACCAUCUACUCUGAGGUGGCUACUUUGAUAUCCCAGAAUGAGUCCCGCCCCCACUUUCUAAUCGAGCUCUUCCACGAGCUGCAAUUGCUCAACACGGACUACCUGCGGCAAAGGGCACUUUAUUCCCUGCAGGAUAUUGUGACCGGACACCUGACAGAGAAGAGUGCAGCUGAGGACCAGUUGCCCCCCCUCGGCCCUGUGGUGUGGGCUGCUGGCUCUCAGUCUGAGCUCACUCCCAGCGAGAGUUUGGCAACCAGCGAUGCAGAAGUCGUGGAGAAAAACCUGAGGCUCACACAGGGCACGAUGAUGAUGAUGAAGAAGAGGGAUGAUGCAGAAUCUGUGGGAAACGACAGCACUAUGUCAACCUCCUCCAACCUGGAGCCGUUUGCAAACGAUGACCUGGGCAACACGGUGAUUCAUUUAGACAAGGCUCUGGUCAGGAUUAGGGAGUAUGAGCGCAUGAAGCUUAAAGCCGAGUUUAACCCCUGCAACGCCGGCUCUGCAGCUGCAGGUGGCUCUGAGGUUUCUUUUGCUGAACGUCCUUCCGCUAACCCCGCUGACCCAGUGCAAGGAGGUGCCGCUGGUGAUGUGCACUGUCCUCAGAUUGACACCCAGCAGUUGGACCGCCAGAUUAAAGCCAUAAUGACAGAAGUCAUUCCCUUCCUGAAGGAGAACAUGGAUGAGGUGUGCUCCCUCCAGCUGUUGACGUCUGUGCGGCGCAUGGUGCUCGCUCUCACCCAACAGAACGACGAAAGCAAGGAGUUUGUGCGCUUUUUCCACCGCCAGUUGGGAGGCAUACUGCAGGACUCUCUUUCUAAAUUCGUGGGCCGUACUCUAAAGGACUGCGGGGAGGACCUUCUGGUGGAGAUCUCUGAGAUCCUCUUCAAUGAACUCGCCUUCUUCAGGCUCAUGCAGGAUUUGGACAACACAAACAGCAUUGCCUUGGCAGCCAAACACAAAAAUAAGAAGAAGCCUGAGCAACCCAGUAGCUCGACACGCUGCCCGAAGGAAGAUACAGGAGUGGGUGGUGAUAAAUCCACUCCAGCCUACACAGAUGAAGACAAGGACCAAGAUGAAGCUGAGCAGGAAGUUACCCUCCAGGAGCAAUCCGACAUGAAGAACAGCAGGAGCAGUGAGGCUUCGGAGGUGGAGGAGGAAGAAGAGCCUGAAGAAGAUGGACGGGGAAUCCCUCUGUCAAUCAGUCUGUCUAAAGCGGAGACUCAGGCCCUGACAAACUACGGCAGUGGAGAAGAUGAGAAUGAUGACGACGAUGAGGAGGAGGAGGAAAUGGAGUUUGAAGCUGGACCUGUUGAUGUCCAAACAUCCUUGCAGCAGGUUUCCGAUCGACAGGUGGAGCAGGAGGAGACGACACGCAGCGACACCCAGGACACCGAAGGUGAAGAGAGGAGCUCGGAUCAUGACGGUGAAUCCCACCUGCACGUUGUGAGUGUGUGCUCCACAGCAGAAGACCCCGACGUGACCCAGUGCCAGAGUCCGGAAGAGGACGGACCCGUCGGGGCGGGUGCUGCCUCAGACAGAAGCUCCCGUGACCAGGAUGUCCUCAGGGAGUCGAACACCACGAGCAGCCCUGACACAGACUCACCCGUCAUGAUCAACGUAGAUGAGAUGGGCUCCGGUAACACCAGCCAGAAAUCGGAUGAGGAAGACUUUGUGAAGGUGGAGGAUUUGCCAUUGCAGCUUACAGUCAUGUGUGAGGAGGAACUACAGAUGAGAAUAGUGGAGGAGCAGCAGAAUAACAACCUGUCUGUAGAGAUCCUCAAUGGAAACACUGGAUCGCUGACUGGGCUGGUGGGGAAUGCAGAGGACCUGAAGGAACCAGACACUGUUGGUGCCCAGAAUGUAUAAAGAUUUUUUUUUACCAAUGUCUGAACAUGUACUGUUUAUAGCAACACUAUAACUGCACCCUCAAUCUGCUCUGGAUGUAUGGUUGUUGAUUCUUUAUCUGCUAGUUUAAAGGAGCAAAGGCUCUCAUUGGUCACAAGUUAGCUGUGACUCGAUACAAUUAAACACUGACACAUAAUCAACAUUUGUUUUAUUCCUGAUUGUUUAAUGUGAUAAAUGAGUCAUCUGUGGAAGGUUUGUCUUCAUGCUGCUGAUAGACGGUUAAGCCGCAUCAGCCCCGCCUUAGUCUCCUUGGUUCUGGGAUCGGUUAAACACGAGUUGUGAUUUUAGUCUUUGUGUUGGCCUUAUUGUUAUGCAGCUCAUUCAUACUGCACUUGAUUGCUAAGUAUGAGACUUUGGCUAAUGUUUUCUUUAGUCAAAGUAGCUCAAAGUUGAUAGUUAUCCCCAAACACCUAUUUCUACACUACUUGGUUAAGUUUCCAUUCUCAUGUAAUUUAAAAUGACUCCGUAAUAACU